CUCCAGAGCAUGACAGACACGAUGGGAGACACACCCAUGAUCCAUGAGAUCAAGAAUUCUAUUAGAACAGAUCUCCAGAAGAGGUACAGCAGUGAGGCCGAGAAGAAGAUCCUUCAUACAGCCUCUGCACUGGAUCCUCGCUUUAAGGGACUGCCUUUCAUCCUCACAGAUGAAGAAAGAUUGGAGAUAUUUAAAGGAGUCACUGAGGAAGCUGCAUCCUUGGAGAUUACAUCAGAUGAGAGUGAGAGGACACAAGAGGAUCAUCAAGUGCCUAGAAGAAAACAAACUCUGGAAGAAGAGGACAGUUCACCCAUCGAAGACAACCAUUCUCCACCAUCUCCUCCCAAAAAGGCCAGAUCGCUGCUCGUGAGUUUGCUGGGACAGUCUUUCACUGACACUGAAGGUACAAUAGAACCCAAAAAGACCCCCUAUGCCAAGGCUGAAGAGGAAAUGGAAAACUAUUGUAAAGCCCCACCUCUGCCUCUCACUGAGGACCCUUUGAACUGGUGGCGUGAGCAUGAGGUCAUAUUUCCCCUCCUUUCUCGGCUGUCAAAGCAAUACUUGUGUAUCCCAGGUACAAGCGUGUCUGCAGAGCGGGUUUUCUCCACUGCAGGAGAUGUGGUAACUGCAAAAAGAAGCGCCCUCAAACCAGACCAUGUAGAUCAAUUGGUGUUCUUACAGAAAAAUCUACAUGUUCCCAAAUGCUGAGCAGUGUUUUUAAUUUUAUAGAUUUUGUUUAUAGCAUUGUCUCUGCCACUGAAAUUUUUUAUU